CUUAUUGCUGACUUUGAAGAUGAUUGCAAGGAAGUUUCUUCUGCUUCUAAUAUCCCCCUCCCUGAAAACUUCUCACUGAGCGAGAGUUUUGGCAAAACGAUGGCAAAAAGUGGCUUGAGUGUACCCUUCCUGAAGGCUGCUAUGCUUCUCAAGAAAAAUGGUUUCAGAAUUGCUGUCUUGACAAACAACUGGAUUGAUGAUACUCCUAGCAGGCAUCACACAGGGUUUGUCUUAUGUCUGCUGAGGAAAUACUUUGAUAAGGUGAUUGAGUCUUGUCGGAUUGGCCUGCAGAAACCAGACCCCAAGAUUUACGAGUAUGCAUUACAUGAGCUGAAUGUAACACCUGAGGAGGUUAUUUAUCUGGAUGACAUUGGUGCAAACUUAAAGCCUGCUCAGAAGAUGGGGAUGACAACAAUCCUAGUGAAAGAAGCUGAUUCUGCUUUGAAGCAGCUUCAAGAUCUGACUGGGGUUCAGGCCUCUGGCCACUGGUGA